GCCUAUUUCCUCACCUACGUGGCCUCCUUCCACCUCGCCUACCUGUUCGCCGUCCGGAUCCACGGCGGGCUGGGCUUCCUCGGGGGAGUCCUGGUGGCCCUCAAGCAGACGAUGGGGGACAGCACCGUCCUGAAGGUGCCCCAGGUCAGAAUGAAGGCCGUCCCCAUGCUCCUGCUCCUGCUCCUGGCUUUGCUGCGGCUCGCUGCCCUCGUCGAGAGCAGCGUGUUGGCCUCCUACGGCUUCGGGCUCCUCUCCAGCUGGGUCUAUCUCCGUUUCUACCAGCGGCACAGUAGAGGCCGCGGAGACAUGUCCGACCACUUCGCCUUCGCCACUUUCUUCCCCGAGAUCCUGCAGCCCGUGGUGGGUCUGGUGGCCAACCUGGUGCACAGCAUCCUGGUGAAAGUGAAGAUCUGCCGCAAGACCGUCAAACGCUACGACGUGGGUGCCCCGUCCUCCAUCACCAUCAGCCUGCCAGGGACUGACCCCCAGGACGCCGAGCGGAGAAGGCAGCUGGCCCUGAAGGCUCUGAACGAGCGGCUGAAGCGCGUGGAGGACCAGUCGGCCUGGCCGAGCAUGGAGGACGACGACGAGGAGGCAGCAGUGGGGGCCAAGGCCGACAGCCCCCUGCUGCCUGACACCGGUGUGGCUGGGCCGGGCGGCAGCCAGGAUUCCAGCCUCAUCACUUUCCAGGAUGCCCCAUCCCAGCUGUGA